UAUUGUAAAACAUUCCAAAAAUGCAAUUCCACGUGGUGGUUAGAAGCUGGUGCCAGGCACUGCGAAGUUAUAUAUGCCAUCACUGACUGUGUCGACGUGCAGAAUAUUUAUUUCAGGUUCAAGGUUGUCAUAUAUAAUUCUUCCAUCAAUGCAAAGAUGCAGUUUGAUAUCAGACGUUUGGAUGUUUAUCGCAAAGUUCCAAAGGAUUUGACGCAACCAACCUUCACUGGUGCGUGUGUUUCAAUCGUCAGUAUCCUCGUCAUUAUCUUUUUAAUGACAUCAGAACUAUCAAGUUUUAUGCAAACGGAAGUUGUAAGCGAAAUGUUUGUCGACAUUCCGUCAGCUGAACAGAAAAUCGCAGUACGAUUAAACGUUACCUUCCCGAGGUUAGAUUGUGAUUUUGUUGGUCUUGACAUUCAGGACGAUAAGGGUCGGCAUGAAGUUGGUUUUCAUGAAAACACGCAUAAAAUCUCCCUCAGUGAUGGUGCAGGAUGUCGUUUUGAAGGUUUGUUUUACAUCAACCGUGUACCAGGAAAUUUUCAUCUCUCAACGCACAGCGCUGACCAUCAGCCAGAGAACCCCGACAUGUCGCAUGUCUUAAAUGGCCUUCAAUUCGGCGACGUCAUCGAAAGUAACGCAGCUUUUAAUGCUUUGAAAGAUUUUCAAAUGCUGGAAGCAAACGGUCUUUCAUCUCAUGAUUAUAUCAUUAAAGUCGUGCCCACAAUAUACCAAAGAUUGAACGGAUCUACCCAAAACACUUUCCAGUACUCGUACGCUCAUAAAGAUUAUUUUUCGUAUGGACAUCAUGCCACCAUCAUGCCAGCUGUUUGGUUUCGCUAUGACUUGAGUCCGAUCACAAUUAAGUAUAUAGAGAAACGAAAACCAUUUUACCACUUCAUCACAACGUUUUGCGCCAUCAUUGGCGGUACGUUUACUGUUGCGGGAAUUGUGGAUGGUCUGAUAUUCACGGCACACGAAGUGUUUAAAAAGGCAGAACUUGGAAAACUGUCGUGAACAUGCACAUUGAACUACAGAGGUUUGGUCAGUUUAUUUUUGCGAAUAUUUUCUGCACCUUAGCAUAACUAAUUUUACCUCGUCAUUUUCUACGACUUGAAAAAGAAUGAUUUAAAAUUAUUGUUUCGUAAUUUUAUGUGCCUAAUAAAGAUCUAAUUUAUAUAGAUGAUAUUACAUUUUUAAAAGCUUUAUUUAUUAUAAAUAUGAUUUCCAACUAAGUUAGAAUAACAUUCUGAUUUUAUAUAUCGCUGUGAAGCAUAUCCGUACACGUUUUUUUUAAAAAACUGGAUUGGAAGAACCUUCAGGCUGAGAUUUGACCAAAAGUUAUCAUAUUAAAAAUAUACUCGAUCUGAAUUUCUUUAUAGGUUAAAAACAAAAUAAAAUCUUGGAUGUCCUCCGAAAUCUUAAUAACAAGGUCACUCUAGAUACACUGCAAUACAAAUAUUUCCACUUUUUCUCCUUUUCCCUAAUGUAUGUCAAUUUUACAAUAUUUAUUUUAACAACAACUGUCCAAAAAAUUAAAUCAUUUCGGAAAAUACACAGAUAAGAACGUUUAACGCUAAAAACAUCAAGGCAAUUUUUACUUUAAAAUAUAUUUAUUUAUUUAUAUUCAUAACAUUUAUUAUUCUAAGAAAAUAUGUAUA